CCCUCCCUCCCCUCUCCCCUCUCCCCCUCCUCCUCAGCCUCCGAGAGCGAGACGCCAAGAUGGAGCCUGAGGACCUGCCUUGGCCCGGCGAGCUCGAGGAGGAGGAGGAGGAGAAGGAGGAGGAGGAGGAGGCCAAGGAGGAGGAGGAGGAGGUAAAGGACGAGGACGAGGAGGCGAAGGAGGCGGAGGAGGAGGAGGCGGAGAGCUUAGAGGAGGACGAGGUGGUGAUGGUGGAGGACGUGGAGGAAGAGGAGCAGCGGGACCUGGACACGGACUUGAACUACGAGAGCCAGCCGGAGGAGAGUUCGGACGACUGCGAGGAAGACGACGAGGCCAAGGCCUGGCUGCAGGCGCACCCCGGCGGGACUUUGCCUCCGCCGCCGCUGCCGAAGCACCGCUACUCCGAGGGGGAGCGGUGCGGCCCGGAGGAGGUUGUUCCAUUGACCAGUCAUGUAUGGCAACAGUCAUCAUCUCAAGAAAAUAGUAGAACACAGAUUUCUGAUUCUAAUGUGGUCUCUUUGGAAGAAACAGCUCAGAAGGGUUCUGGGGAUGAUCAGAGAACAGAAUCUUGGCAUUUUCUUCCUCAAGAAAUCGACUCUUCCCACACCUCGGAUACAUCUCAGACCAGGUUUAAUGUGAGAGAGGAAGGGACAGAUGCGGCAGACUUCCUCUCUGUGGAGGAAGGUGUAUUGACCCAAUCAGAAAAUCAAGUAAAGAAACGCAACAGAGGUCUCUUUUGUUCUCCAUUGCUAGUCAUACAAGACAACUUUGCUUCUCCUGAUUUGCCUUUGCUGACAUGUUUGACACAAGACCAAGAGUUUGGGCCUGAUUCCAUAUUUCACCAAAGUGAACUAGAUUUUGCACCUCUGAGGGGAAUUCCUGGUAAGUCCGAAGACAAUGAAGGGUUUUCUCGACCGGCAGAAGUUAGUGAAGCUUUAUUCCAGGCAACCUCAGAAGGAGCUUCAGACUUAGUUAACAAUCGCUUUAAUGUAUCUCAGCACACACUUAUAGGGAGUACAGAUGUUGAGUCUCAGGGCUCUUUUUUACAUCCUGAGCAAGAAACCAAAGAAGAGACUGUUUUAACCUAUACAGUUGAUGAACUGAAAACUGCCAAAAACUCUGAUAGUUAUGGUGCUCUUUGUUCAUAUAUGUCAUGGAAGAUAAAAGAAGUUACACAGGAGCCAGAAACCAAUUUAGCUGAUAAAGAUCAAUUUUCUUCAACUUCAUCUGAUACAAGUGAUGAAUAUGUAACUCCUAAAGAAAGUGACAGUUUUGAUGCUUCUUGUUCAGAUGUGCACUAUUGGAAACAGGAAGCUUUACAGCUGUCCGAAAAAUAUUUAACCAAGAAGGCAGGAUCUUCAAACAUUAUUUACCCACUGGAAGUAUCGACUUCAGAUUCUUUGUUUUCGCAAGAUUUAAAGCAGCAAACCUUUGAAGAAGUUGCAGAUUCCUCAAACUAUAUUUUGGAGGGCCUGCAGGGAAAGGCUGAAUCUGACAUCUAUUCUCUGGGUGAUGAUAUUGAAUGCUGUAGCCUAGAUGAAAAUGCUGUUGUAUGCAGUGAAAGAUCUACUGAACUACAAAGAGAGAUAUGUGACCAAGGUGACGUGACUGGGAAGUGCAUUGAGCUAGCAGGUUUAGAAAAUAUGCUUGAUGAUCUAGAAAUUUGUGAUGUCUCCCUGCCUUGGCAAUCUGAUUUACAACUACCAUCGGAGGAAGAGCCUGACAUUAGUCAGUCUUUUUCAUCUGUAUUGCCUCCAUUUGUUCCUCAUGAGCCAACCAGAAAGUUGGAAUAUCACUCUUCAGAUCUCAGGAUGUUGAGGGUAUCUCCUGAGAUUGUGCCAAAGACUCGCAAACAUUUACCAGGAGAUAUUUCUAAAGGAGACGUAAGUGAAAUUACUCAAUCCAACUUGAAAGCUGACAUCACUACCACUUCUGGAGAUUCAGGCAUUGGAUCUCAUUUACCCUUGUCUUCUGAGGACUUUUCUCAGUUGGCUGUAAGGUCUUCUGUGGAGAAUACUAUUGGUAUACAUACUGAUAUUCUCAACCAACAGAUAUUGGCAAAUGGUCAUGUAACUGAAGAGACUCUACAAGCCUUAGCUGUUCCAAAACUAGCUGACCAGAAGGCUGGAAUUUCAACAGUACCCUUUAGUUCCUACGCACUAAGAGAGAAGCCCAAUAUUUUCUACCCACAGGCCUUGAGAGACAGUCAUCAAAUUGAAGAGGCUCUAAGAGAUUCAGCUGUUAUUGGAUCAGUUGACCAGAAGAGUGAGAAAACAACAGUACCUUCUAGUUCCUAUACACAUAGAGAGAAACACAUUGUUUUUUCUCAGCCACUGCUGCCAGACAGUCUUCUAACUGAACAGGCUCUGAAAGGUUCAUUUGUUCCUGGACCAGCUGGUCAAACGACUGCACUACCAACAGUAUCCUCUACUUUAUACUCACAUGGAGAGAAGCCCCAUAUUUUAUAUCAACAGACGUUUCCAGAAAGUCAUCUAACUGAGCAGGCUCUGAAAGUUUCUGUUGCUCCUGCAUCCACAGAACAGAAAACAGGCUUACCAAUAGUAUCCUCUACUUACUCACAUAGAGAGAAGCCCAGUAUUUUUUACCAGCAAGAGUUGUCAGACAGUCAUCCAACUGAACAGUCUCAACAAGCUGCAGCUCUCUCUAGAUUUGCUGACCAGAAGGCUGGGAUACCAACAGACACCUCAACUUCUUACUCACACAGAGAGAAGCCCCAUAUUUUCUAUCAGCAGACAUUGCCUGAGAGUCAUCUAACUGAACAGUCUCAACAAGCUGCUGCUGUCUCUGGAUUUGCUGGCCAGAAAACUGGGAUACCAACAGACACCUCAACUUCUUACUCACACAGAGAGAAAUCCAGUAUCUUUUACCAGCAGGAGUUGCCAGAGAGUCAUUUAACUGAACAGUCUCAAGCUGCUGCUGUCUCUAGAUUUGUGGACCAGAAGGCUGGGAUACCAACAGGAACCUCAACUUCUUACUCGCACGGAGAGAAGCCCUAUAUUUUCUAUCAGCAGACAUUGCCCGAGAGUCAUCUAACUGAACAGUCUCAACAAGCUGCUGCUGACUCUGGAUUUGCGGACCAGAAGACUGGGAUACCAACAGACACCUCAACUUCUUACUCAUACAGAGAGAAGGCCCAUAUUUUGUAUCAACAGACAUUGCCCGAGAGUCAUCUAACUGAACAGUCUCAACAAGCUACUGCUGUCUCUAGAUUUGUGGACCAGAAGGCUGGGAUACCAACAGACACCUCAACUUCUUACUCACAUGGAGCGAAGCCCUAUAUUUUCUAUCAGCAGACAUUGCCUGAGAGUCAUCUAACUGAACAGUCUCAACAAGCUGCUGCUGUCUCUGGAUUUACUGGCCAGAAGACUGGGAUACCAACAGACACCUCAACUUCUUACUCAUACAGAGAGAAGCCCCAUAUUUUCCAUCCACAGACAUUUCUAGAAAAUCAUCUAACUGAGCAGGCUCUGAAAGUUUCUGUUGCUCCUGGAUCCACAGAACAGAAAACAGGCAUACCAAUAGUAUCCUCUACUUAUUCACAUAGAGAGAAGCCCAGUAUUUUUUACCAGCAAGAGUUGUCAGACAGUCAUCCAACUGAACAGUCUCAACAAGCUGCAGCUGUCUCUGGAUUUGCUGACCAGAAGACUGGAACCUCAACUUCUUACUCACAUGGAGAGAAGCCCCAUAUUUUGUAUCAACAGACAUUGCCUGAGAGUCAUCUAACUGAACAGUCCCAACAAGCUAUCGCUGUCUCUGGAUUUGCUGGCCAGAAGACUGGAACCUCACCUUCUUAUUCACAUGGAGAGAAGCCCUAUAUUUUCUAUCAACAGACUUUGCCAGAGAGUCAUCUAACUGAGCAGUCUCAACAAGCUGCAGCUGUUUAUAGAUUUGCUGACCAGAAGGCUGGGAUACCAAUAGGAACCUCUACUUAUUCACAUGGAGAGAAACCCAGUGUUUUCUAUCAGCAAGAGUUGCGAGAGAGCCGUCUAACUGAACAGUCUCAGCAAGUUGUGGCUGUUUCUGGAUUCAUUGACCAGAAGACUGGAACCUCAACUUCUUACUCACAUGGAGAGAAGCCCAAUAUUUUUUAUCAACAGACAUUGCUAGAAAGUCAUCUAACUGAACAGGCUCUGAAAGUUUCAGCUGCUCCUGGACUUGUUGACCAGAAGGGUGUGACACCUACAUUAACCUCUACUUCUUCCUCACAGAGAGAUAAGCCCAAUAUUAUCUACCAACAAGAGUUGCCAGUUAGUCAUUUAACUAAAGAGGCUCAUUUAACUAAAGAGGCUCAGAAAGUUCUCGCUGUCCCUGGACUAGCUCAGCAGAAGACUGGGAUACCAACAGCACCUCCUACUUCCUACUCACCUAAAGGCAAGACCAGUUUUUUCUAUCAGCAGAAGUUGCCCGACAGUCAUCUAACUGAACAGGCUCAGAGAAUUUCAUCUAUUCCUGGACAAACUGACCAGAACACUGGGAUACAAACAGUACCAUCUAGUGCCUACUCACAUAGAGAGAAACCCACUAUUUUUUACCAGCAGGAGUUUCCAGAUAGUCAUCUAACUGAAGAGGCUCUAAAAGUUUCAUCUGUCCUGGCACCAGCUGAGCAGAACACUGGAAUUCCACCAGGUUCCUCUGGGUUCUACUCAUUUGAAGAGAAGUCUAAUACUUUCUACCAACAGGCAUUACCAGAUAGUCAUCCGACUGAAAAUUCUCUGAAAGUUUCAUCUCCUCCUAUACAAGGUGACCAGAAGACUGGUAUAUUAACAGUACCCUCUAGUUCCAACUCACACAGAGAGAAGCCCAAUAUUUCCUACCAACAGGAGUUGCCAGUCAGUCGCCUCCACAAAGAGGCUCUUAAAGUUAUAGCUGUUUCUAGACUUGCUUACCAGAAGACUGGGUUGCCAUCAGAACCUCCAAGUUCCUACUCACAUAGAGAGAAGCCCAUUCUUUUUUAUCCACAGGCCUUACCAGACACUCAUUUCACUGAAGAGGCCCUGAAAGUUUCCACCAUUUCUGGACCAGUUGACCAGAAUACUGGGAUACGAACAUUACCCUCUACUUCCUAUCCACAUAGUGAGAAGCAUAUUAUUAUCUCACCACAGGCCUUGCCAGAUAGUCACCUACUUGAAGAGGCUCUGAAGGUUUCAACUGUUACUGGACCAGCUGACCAGAAAACUGGGUUGCCAUCAGAACCUCCUACUUCCUACUCACAUAGAGAAAAGCCCAUUAUUUCCUACCCACAGGGCUUGACAGAGAGUCAUUUUUUUGAAGAGGCUCUGAAAGUUUCAGCUGUUUCUGGACCAGCUGACCAGAAGACUGGGUUGCCAUCAGAACCUUCUAGUUUCUACUCACCCGGAGAAGAGUCCAGUAUUUCCUACCAACAAGGGUUGCCAGAUAGUCAUCUUACUGAAGAGGCUCUGAAAGUCUCAGCUAUUCCUGGAACAGGUGAUCAGAAGCCUGGGAUACCAACAGUACCUCCAAGUUCCUACUCACUUGGGGGGAAGUCCAUUAUUUUUUACCAACAAGCUUUACCAGAUAGACAUCUCACAGAAGAGGCUCUGAAUGUUUCUACUUCUGGACCAGCUGACCAGAAGACUGGGUUACCUAUAAUAUCCUCUACUUCCUACUCUCAUAGAGAGAAGCCCUUUCUUUUCUACCCACAGGCCUUACCUGAUGGUCAGCUAACUGAAGAAACUCUGAAAGUUUCAGCUGUUCCUCUCCCAGGUUACCAGAAGACCGGAAUACCAGCAGUGACCUCUGCUUCCUACUCAAGUAAAGAAAAGCCCAUUGUUUUUUACCAACAGGCCUUGCCGGACAGUCCGCUAACUCUAGAGGCUCUGAAAGUUUUAGCUGUUCCUGAACCAGGUGACCAGAAUACCAGAAAGCCAACAGAAACCUCUGCUUCUUACUCACAGAAAGAGAAGCCUAUUAUUUCUUACCAACAGGAAUUGCUAGGUAGUCAUCUAACUGAAGAGGCUCUGAAAGUUUCAGGUGUUCCUGGAUUAGCUGACCAGAAGACUGGGAUACCUACAGUAUCAUCAGUUUCCUAUUCAUAUAGAGAGAAGCCCAUCAUUUCUUACCAGCAAGAUCUUACUAAAGACGCUUUAAAAGUUUUAGGGGUUUCUGGACCAGCUGAGCAGAAAACUGGAAUACCAGUAGUAACCUCUACUUCUUACUCUCCUGGAGAGAGGCCUAUCAUUUCUUAUCAGCAAGAAUUGCCAGAUCAUAAUGAAGAUGCUUCAAAACUUUUAGCAAUUCCUGGAUCAGUUGACCAGAAGACUGGUAUACGAAUUGUGCCCUCUUCCUUCUCAUAUAGAGAGGGCCCCAUCAUUUCUUACCAGGAGUUGCCAGAUAUUACUGAAAAAACUUUGGAAGUUUCAGCUGUUCCUAGACCAACUGACCAGAAGACUGGGAUACAAAUAAUCCCCUCAGGUUCCUCCUCAUAUAGAGAGAAGGGCAAUAUUUUUUACCAGCAGGAGUUGCCAGGUAUUACUGAUGAAGCUUUAAAAGUUUUUGCUCUUCCUGGACCAGUUGACCAGAAGACUGAGAUACCAGAAGGAUCUUCUAGUUCUUAUUCACAUAAAGAGAAACCUAGGAUUUCAACUGUGAUUUUACCGGAUGACCAGAAAACUGAGUUUCCAACAGCUCCCCUCAUUUCCUACGCACAGAUAGAGAAACCCAAGAAUUUAGCUGUGGUUGGACCAGACGGCCAGCAGACUCCAUUACUGACAGUUUUUCGUAAUUCUUAUUCUCAGAAAGUAAAGCCCAGUAUUUUCUUUAAACAGCAUUUGCCAAGUAGACAACAUAGUGAAGAUAUUCAGAAGAUCUCAUCUGUUCCUGAAUCAACUGACGUGAAUUCUAAGGCACCAAUACCUCUUCCUAGUUCCUAUUCACACAGAGAAAAAUCUAAUAUUGUCUAUCCUCAGGAAUUGUCAGACAAACAUCUAACUGAAGAUGUACUGACAGUAUCCACAAUUCCUAAACCAGCAAACCAAAAAGCUGUGUUACCAACAGCUGCUCCUCAUUUUUUUUCACACAGAGAAAAACAAAAUAAAUUCUAUGAACAGGAUUUUCCAGAUAGACGUCUAACUAAAGAUGCCUUGAAGUUCUCAAGUGGUCUUGGGCAAGCUGAUCAGAUUACUGGGUUAUCAGCAGUUUACCCUGGUACUUAUUCACAUAGUGAGAAGCACAAACUUGUUUCAGACCAUGUCCAAAGGCCAAUAGAUCAUUUGGAUUCUUCUAACUCUAGUAUUAUCUCAAACAAUAUGCCCUUAAAUUCUCAAGCUGAUGGUAGAGUUGUAAUAAAUAAGCCAGAACCUUCAGGUUUUGAAGAUACUGGCUCUGAGGAAUUCCAGGGUACAGAUAAUGGUUCUAAAACUCUUAAAGAGAUUCGGACACUUUUAAUGGAGGCAGAAAAUAUAGCACUGAAACGAUGCAAUUUUCCUGCUCCCCUUGUACCAUUCAGAGAUGUUAGUGACAUUUCAUUUAUUCAAUCUAAGAAGGUUGUUUGCUUCAAAGAACCCCCUACAACUGAUGAAUCUAACAUUGAUUUGUCUCAGAGACAGCCAUUCACAGAAGAAAAUCCAAACAAGUACCUACAGAAGGAUAUUAGUACACAGACAAAUCUGAAAUGCCAGGGAGGCAUUGAAAAUUGGGAGUUUGUUAGUUCAACUACAGUUAGAAGUCCUCUACAGGAAGCAGAAAUCAAAGCCAGAAUGACAUUGGAUGAAACCCUUAGGCAAUAUAAAACAGCCAGAUCUGGAAUGAGAUCUGAACCUGAAGGGUGUAGUGGAACCCUUGGGAAUAAAAUUCUUAUCCCUAUGAUGACUAUCAUAAAAAGUGACUCAAGUAGUGACGCAAGUUCCUGCUCAUGGGACAGUAAUUCCUUUGAAUCAGUUUCUGAUGUUCUUCUAAACUUGUUUCCAUAUACUUCACCAAAGACAAGCAUGACAGAUAGCAGAGAGGAAGAGUGUGUGUCAGAGAGUGAUGAAGGGCGUGGUAGUAGUGUGGAUUCACUGGCUGCACAUGUGAAAAACCUUCUGAAAUGUGAAUCCUCAUUGAAUCAUGCUAAACAAAUUCUCAGAAAUGCAGAGGAAGAGGAAUCCCGGGUACGAGCACGAGCCUGGAAUCUGAAGUUUAAUAUGGCUCGUGAGUGUGGCUACUCCAUUUCAGAAUUAAAUGAAGAUGACAGGAGAAAAGUAGAAGAGAUCAAAGCAAAGUUGUUUGGUCAUGAGAGAACUGACUUGUCCAAGGGUUUACGGAGUCCACAGGGAAUAGGAUGCCAGCCAGAAGCUGUCUGUAGUCAUAUUAUUAUUGAAAGCCAUGAAAAAGGAUGUUUCAGGACUCUAACUCCUAAACAACCACAGUUGGACAGCCAUCCCUGUGUCUUCAGAUCACCUGAACCCUUAGAAAUUAUCAGAGGACACCGGAGCCCAUCAUCAUGGAGAACCAGGCAUAUCAACCUUUCCAAAUCACUAGACCAGAGCAACACCCGUUUCAAAGUUUGGAAUUCCUUGCAGUUACAAAGUCGUUCCCCAAUUCAAAACUUUACAACUGAUGACUUCAAAAUUAACAAGGGUUUUCGAAUGCCAUUCCAUGAAAAUAUGGACCCUUGGAUGUCAGAAUUAGUAGAACCUACUUAUGUGCUACCUGAAGAAAUGGAUUGUCAUUCUUCAUCACAAAUGCUGUCCCCAGAAUCCAUGAAAAAGUUUACUACCUCCAUCACUUUUUCAUCUCACCGACAUUCUAAAUGCUUUUCAGAUUCCUCUGUUCUUAAGGUUGGUGUUACUGAAGAUAGCCAGUGUACUGGAGCAUCUGUAGGGGUAUUUAAUUCUCAUUUCACUGAAGAGCAAAGUCCUCUUAGAAAUCUAAAACACGACACCUGUUCCCCUUCAUCAUUUAAAAUUAGCCAUUCCACACCAGGAGUAAAAGAGAAGAAUAUAACUGUAACUCCAAAUUCUCCACCCAUAUUUCUUGAACAUCCUGAGCUCUGCAAAGUCCCACAUGUAGAUCACUAUGUAAGAAAACCUCCUCCUCCUCCCCCCUCCCCUCCUCCUCCUCCUCCUCCUCCUCCUCCUCCUCCUCCUCCACAUCAGCAUUAUGUAGCUCCAAAUCUUCCUUGUCACAUUUUUCUUGAAAACCGAGAACUCUUUGAACAAAGCAAAACCCCACAGGUAGAUCAUCAGAUGAGAAAAAACCACUCUCCCCUUCCUCAAGGUCAGAGUUAUAUAGCUCCAGACCUUCCUUCUACUAUAUUUCUUGAACAGCGUCAGCUCUUUGAACAAAGCAGAGUCCCUGAUAUAGAUCACCACAUGAAAAAACAAUAUUCCCCCCUUCCUCAAGGUCAGGAUUAUGUAGUAGAAAACAAGGAUCAACAAGAGCCUAAAUCAUACAUUUCUAAUAUAAAAAUUGAAACUAAUAAAAUCACUGAUGUGGUCUCCCAAUCAGCGCCAAAUCAAUAUACGUUAGUAACAUCUCCAUCUACUCCUUCAAACAAAAAAGUACUUUCUUUUGUUCGUAUAACUCUUUCUCCCAAGACUUCCUCCAAGUUGGAUAGUGGAACCUUAGAUAAAAGUUUUAUUUCAUUGGAUCCGGCUUCUAAAACAAGGAUGAAUAGUGAGUUUAACUCUGACCUACAAACUAUAUCCUCAAGAUCAUUGGAACCAACCUCCAAAUUACUGACCGGUAGACUUAUAGUACAUGGUCAAGAAUCUUUAGGUUCUCUAGGACCUAAAUCUUCACCGGACUUUCAAGUCAUACAGUCUCUUCCAGAUAGUAAUAUUAUUACUCAGGACUUGAAAACCAUACCUUUUCAGAAUAGCCAGAUAGUAACCUCAAGGCAAACACAAGUGAACUUUUCAGAUUUGGAAGAAUAUUCCAAUCCAGAAAGGACUCCAGUAUCUGCAGAUCGAUCACUGGAGAAGGUUAAGACUCCACUUUCUGCCUCCUCUGGAAAAUUAUCAUCUGAUGCAGUCACUCAGAUUACAACUGAAAGUCCAGGAAAAGCUAUGUUUUCAUCUCAGAUUUUUAUUAAACCUGAUGAUGGUGAACAUGAAAUUCCAGAUUCCAGUUCCCAGAAUCUGAGCAAAGCUCCUAACAAGUUUGCUUCAUCAUCUUCAGUCCAACAGAUUGCUGUUCCUCGUGACACAAAUGGAGCUCAGCCAUCACUGUUGCCAUAUAAGCCUUCUGGUAGUACGAAUAUGUACUAUGUUCCACAAUUAAGUCAAAGUCCUUCAUCUGUGGAUUCCAAAUCGAAGAGGACCUUUGUUCCACAAUUAAGUCAAAGUCCUUCAUCUGUGGAUUCCAAAUCGAAGAGGACCUUUGUUCCACAAUUAGGUCAAAGUCCUUCAUCUAUGGAUUCCAAAUCGAAGAGGGGCUAUGUUCCAAAAUUAGGUCAAAUUCCUUCAUCUAUGGAUUCCAAAUCAGACACCACCAUUGAGAGCUCACACUCAGGAUCCAAUGAUGCCAUUGCUCCAGAUUUCCCGGCUCAGGUGCUAGGCACAAGAGAUGAUGACCUGGAAUCCCCUGUUAAUAUUAAACAUAAAGAGGGGAUCUAUAGUAAGAGGGCAGUAACUAAGGCAUCCUCAUCAAAGGGGGAAAAAAACAUUCAGAAAGAUAAUGCAGAUGUUCAAGUACUUGUCACUGGAAAUGAGAACCACUCAGACAAAAAACAGAAAAGGAAGAUCUACACUAAAAAGGCAGUGACUAAGCCUGCACAACCUGAAAAAAUAGAAUUCUUGCAGAAAGAUACUGGAGAUUCCAGUGAUGCUGUUGCUGCGGAGGUCGCAGCUCAACAUGACAGAAAGAUUGAAAGCCUACCAGACACUAAAGCCUUUAAGCAGAAAGAGGCGAUCCCUAAUAAGAGGACAUUCCCUAAGGAAGCCUGGUCAGAAGAUAAGGAAUCCUUGCAGAUAGAUAUUGAAGAGUCCAGUUCGGAAUUUGAAAAUACUACCCAUUCUGUGUUCAGGUCAGCCAAGUUUUACUUUCAUCAUCCAGUGCACCUACCAAGUGAUCGAGACUUUUGCCAUGAAUCCUUAGGGAGAAGUGUUUUCAUGGGGCAUUCUUGGAAAGAUUUCUUCCAGCAUCAUCCAGACAAACACCAUAUUUGUCUUCCUCCCUCUUAUCAAAAUGAGGAAAAGACAGAAUGUACUAGAAUAGAGAGCCUCCGUAUCAAUGUAAACUUGGGAAACAAAGAAAUGAUACAUCCUACUAAAAGUCAGGCUGGAGAUUAUACAAAAUGUGACAAACAGAUUAAUGAUCAAAAAAAGGAUCGUAAGGUCACCCCAGAGCCCACGACUCAGCACAUUACAAGUUUGAAUGAACUCUGGAACAAGUAUCAGGAGCGACAGAAGCAACAGAAAUCUCUCGAGUGCAGGGGUGGAAAAGAACUAUCCUUGGUGGAGCGACUUGAUCGUUUGGCUAAACUUCUUCAGAAUCCUAUCACACAUUCUCUUUGGCCCUCAGAAAGUACACAGGAUGAUAGUAGAGGGCAGCGAGAUACUAAGGAAUGGAAUGGUAGACAGCAACAGAGAAACAAGCUUCAGAAAAAGAAGCGGUAUAAAAGUUUGGAGAAAUGCCAUAAAAACAUAGGAGAUCUUAAAAAAAACAAGGUGCUUUCUACUCAUCAAGCUGGAAGGUCCAAUCAGAUUAAAAUUGAACAGGUUAAAUUUGAUAAAUAUAUUCUGAGAAAACAGCCAAAUUUUUGUUAUAUAAACAAUACUUCUUCAGAUUCUAGACCCUCAGAGGAGAGUGAGCUGCUCACAGAUACUGCCACCAACAUCCUUUCCACCACAACUUCUCCUGUGGAAUCAGAUAUAUUGACCCAAACAGAUAAAGAAGUGACUUUGCAUGAAAGGAGCAGCUCUCUUUCCACCAUUGACACUGCCCGAUUGAUCCAGGCUUUUGGCCAUGAAAGAGUUUGUUUGUCACCCAGGAGAGUUAAAUUAUACAGCAGCAUCACCGACCAUCAGAGGAGAUACAUUGAGAAGCGGAGCAAGAACAAGAAGAAAGCAUUGAGUUAUCCCCAAAUGACUUCUGAACACACCAGAAGGAAGCACAUCCAGGUGGUAAACCGUAUGAUUUCUUCUGACUCUUUUUCAUCUUCCACCGGUAAUUUCUGGAGCUCGAACUCUACCCUUUGCGACAAACAAAAUGUACAUAUGUUAAACAAGGGCGUGCAAGCAGGAAACUUGGAGAUUGUGAACGGUGUCAAAAAACACACUCGAGAUGUUGGGGUGAUUUUCCCAACUCCAAGUCUUAGUGAGGUUAAAGUGGAAGAGGACAGUGAUGUGACUUCUUGGUCAGAAGAAAAAGUAGAAGAAAAAAAGCUCCUUACCAGAAAUCUUGGAGACAAAAAGUUAAGGAAGAAUAAGCAGAGUUGCUGUGAAGAAGUUUCAUGGUUUGUUCCUGUGGAAAAUGUGAAGUCUGGUCCUAAGAAGGAAAACCUCAAUCAUCGUGGCCCUGGUGUCUCCUGGUUUGCACCAAUAACCAACACCAAACCCUGGAGGGAACCACUUCGGGAACAGAACUGGCAGAGCCAGCACACGGCCAGCCACUUGUCACUAGCAGGCCCAGGCAGAAGUCCACUGAAGCCAUUGGUGAAAGCAACCUUACAGGACGGGGCUUUUUCUCCUCAGGAAUCACUUCUGUUUCACAGACCUGACUUCAUCUCCCGCUCUGGGGAGCGGAUAAAACGCCUGAAGUUAAUAGUCCAGGAGAGGAAGCUACAGAACGUGUUACAGAGUGAGCGGGAGGUGCUGUUCAACACUGGGCAAGAAUGGCAGGGCCAGGGGGACUCCGUGCACCCGCUCCCCAAGAGAGGUUUCCUGGCUGCCCAGAAGUAUAGGCCUGUUGGAAAGAAGGAAAUGAUUCAGAGGUCUAAACGGAUUUAUGAGCAGCUUCCAGAAGUACAGAAAAAGAGAGAAGAGGAAAGGAGGAGAUUGGAAUAUAAGUCGUACCGGUUGCGAGCCCAGCUGUAUAAAAAGAAAGUGACCAAUCAACUCUUGGGGAGAAAAGUUCCCUGGGACUGACAUAAGAUUAUUUUCUUCAGAGCCGUGGAAUUUUAUUUUAUCAACCUGAAGAAGCAUAACCCUUACUUUUUGAGUCUGGUUCAAUAAAACAAACUCUUUGUCCAUGUGUAAUUUCGAAGUAGUAACCUUCUAAAGAGUGCGGGGCAGAGUGGUAAGGUUAUUAAGGGUUUGGGAACAGUACUUUCUUUACAGUGGCCUGGCCCACAGGGGUGUUUGUUAUAACAUCUUUAUUUUUUAUUCUAGAUAAGAGUUAGUCCCUUUUUGUUUGUGUUUUUAUGCUUUUAGAAAAUAAAUAAGUUCUUUUUCUUU